CUUUAUGCACAAUCCUCCUCCUCCUCCUCCUCCUCCAUCUCUGUCUAUCUUUGUCACUCUUCUGCACGAUGCACUCGCCAACAGCAUCGUCGUCUGCGCCAUCUGUCCUCCGUCCAGCGCCUUUGACAGAUGCUCAGACGAACACCACGGAAUCAAUGCCGAAUCUCGGUGAGAUGGAUGUAAAGUGUGGAGGAUGUACAAAGGUCAUCGAUCAGGAGAACGGAGGAGUGGUCGUCGCUUUCGGCAAUUCAUUAUGGCAUGUGGACUGCUUCCGGUGUGCCAAGUGCCAGGACAAGGUGUCGGCGGAUACGAACUUGUUGCUGUUGUCUGAUGGGAGUCCGGUGUGUGGAAAGUGUUCGUACAACUGCUAUGUGUGCAAACAAUCCAUUACGGAAGAAGCAAUCAUGACCGGCGACGAGAGCUAUCACGCCCAAUGCUUCACUUGUCGGACGUGCAAGCGACGCAUAGAAGAGCUAGUCUUUGCAAAGACAUCACAGGGGAUCUAUUGUAUGGCGUGCCACAAUGAGCGCGUGGCCCGUUCUCGCCGUCAUGCUGAAGCUCGUCGCCAACGAGCAGCUCGUAAAGAUAAAGAACGUGAAGAAGCUGAGCGCAGGGACAAGGAGAACCAGGACGAAGCGAGAGCUCGAACAGUCGCUGCAUUAAACGGAUCAACAACCCACGUCCCUUCUCCCAUUCCUGAUCCCCCACCGAGCCCCUCUCCCUUGAUGGAACCUUCACCCCGUUUUACAGAUGGCGAGCCCCGAUCCCGUGAACCCAGUGUGGAUCGACCUAUCCCUUCAACCCCCGCCGAAUCCGUCCGCUCCGAUCGAGGCAGUCCAUCCCCUCGGCCUGCUUCUCCCCGAAAUGUCGGCCUAGGCGUCAGUCUGGGCGUGCCCAUGAGCAAAGCCGAGAAACGUCGAUCCAUCAACCCUGCCAUGAACUUCAAUAUGGACUCUGCAAACUCCACCUUUGCUGCCGAGCCUCGCUCCUCUCCUCUUCGCUCGUCCUUCACCGAAGCUCCCGAGCCCCCACCCAAAGAGACUACCCCGCCCAAAGAAACGCCUCAACCCAAAGACACACCUCAGCUGCAUCCGCCGAAUAUCCCCCACAUGAGUUUCAGUCUCUCCGACCCCGACUUUGCCCUCAUCCUCAACACUAUAGACCAACGUGAAUCCCCUCCAUCCCCUACCCGCCUCUCACCCAACGCCGGCUCAACUCCACUCCUCAUACGCACUCGUCAGCCCUCUGCCGAGUCCACAGUCUCCCUCUCUCGCCUUGAAGCUGGAGCAUUCUCUUCCAUAGUUGAAAUGGUAGCCACUGCCAAGCACGAGCAGCAAGAGACCUUAUCGGUGGACCUCUCACUGCUCACAGGCAUCAUUUCGGAGAUCGAGGACCUCAAAGAGGCCCUGGUAUCGUUGAAAACAAAAUACUCCGGUGUCAAGCGCACCUCCCAACAAUACAGCGAAGGUCUGACGGUCGCUGGCGAGGAGUACGACAAGGAAGUUGCUCAUCGCCGGGAACUGGAAGCCGAAGUGUCACGUCUCCGAGCACAGGUCCACUCACAAACGGCACGACUAAGUGUCAUCUCCGGUGAUGAACGACGUCAAGAGAACAUGCGGCGGCGGUCCAACGACCUCGCUGUGAGUCUCACUGGCCUGGAACGCGACAUCAGUCGACUGCGUGCACAACGCGAUAUGACUCUGGCCGAGGUUGAGGAGCUAGAGAAAUCCGCUGGUGACGCGUCCGAUCCCGCAACGGCGCUCACGAGCCGCCUCGACACGAUCAAAGAGCAGUACCGUGAAGAGCUCGAACCCCUCACGGCACAACGUGAGGCUCUGCAACGUGAAAUUGCCGAGCUGCGAGAGACCCGCGAGCAAUUCCUGGAAGAAUCCGCCGCCCUCGCAGCCAAGAACGAGGAGCUAGCCGAACUCAACGCUCAGCUCUCUCGUCAGGCUGAACAACUACAGGACACCCUCGCUCGCUCCCGACCGACCAUCUUCAAAGGUCGCCAUCCUUCCGGCUCACCCUCCAUGUCCAGUCUCGCCACAUCAGCCACCCUACACGAGGUGCCCGAGGAGACUGCACGAGUGAUCAAGGUCACCAAACCCGAGGUUGAAGCUGCCCCUGCGCGUCGCUUCAAAUGGUAUAAAUCGUCCAAAGGUCCAGACAUAUCGGUCGGCUCGGCAAGCAUAUCCCGACCUCUUCUACCCCGGCGUCCGCCUACUGAGAUCGGUCUCCGCGAUCACGCCUUCCAGCAGCACUCGACGAUGCGGUUCACCCGGUGUGACCUGUGUCAGGAGAAGAUGUGGGGCCUCCAGGAAGUUCGUUGUGCAGCUUGCGGCAUGGUAUGCCACAGCAAGUGUGCGGAAAAGCUACCUAAAUCCUGUUCUGGCCGGCAAGAAGUGCUCGAUGGGCCGAUGCCGCCAUCUAUGUUUGGCCGCGACCUCGCCGAGCAAACCGCAGCGGACAAGCUCCCAGUUCCAGUCAUUGUCACCAAGUGCAUCGCAGCGGUCGAGGUGGUCGGCAUGGAAUACGAGGGAAUCUAUCGGAAGACGGGUGGCUCAUCCCAAUCUAAACAGAUCACACAACUAUUUGAGCGCGGUGACUACGACGCAUUUGACCUCGCCGACAUUGAAGCAUUCAACGAUAUCUCCAGCACCACAUCUGUGCUCAAGACAUAUUUCCGCCAAUUACCUGAUCCGCUUCUCACCCACGCCCUUCACGAGUCCUUUGUGGCCGCAGCAAGCAUUCGCGACGCUUCCAACAAGCACUCUGCACUCUGCGCGCUAUUAAAAGAGCUCCCCAAAGACAACUACAACACCCUUCGCCUCCUCAUGCUCCAUCUAAAUAGGGUGGCCCAGCUAGCCUCAGUGAACCUCAUGACGAGUCAGAACCUCGGUGUGGUGUUUGGACCCACCCUUAUGCGGUCGUCAGAUCCGGGCAGAGAAUUCGGAGACAUGGCUGGAAAGGCUUUGUCUGUACAAUGGAUGGUGGACAAUGCCCCGCAAGUGUUUGCAGAUCCCCUGUGAUGUAUCUUGCGAUGAGUGAAGUGGUAUGCGGGUGCACGUGGAAGUUGAGGUGCAGAGGGAGCGGUGGGGGGAAUGAUACCAGCAUUUCCCAACGAUCCCUCGAUUGUGUCUUCUCGAAGAUGUUUCGAAGGUUCUACCGAAGUUAUCGAAGUACACUUUCGAAGAUACCUCAAAAUGCUCCACAUGAUCUCCCGAGGAUUCCAAAAAUCGCUCCGUGUCAGCUCCGACUUGACUCCAGAUUCACUCCGAUUCAGCUCCGGAAUCGCACGAUAUCGACACCGAAAUGCUCCACAAUUCGUUGGAACGGCAGGGUAUACAUUCAAAGGUGAUA